AUGAACUUGGAGGAAUACUUCCAAAGAAUUGGCUUCCGUGGCUCAUUUGAUUCGCCAGAUCUUGCGACACUGAAGUUGAUCCACAAACAGCACGUCAUGGAGAUUCCAUUUGAAAACCUCAGCAUUCACUGUGGAGAGAGGAUCUACUUGGACCCGGAGGUCAUCUUUGAAAAGAUUGUGAGGAGCAGCCGUGGGGGUUGGUGCAUGGAGAACAACUUGCUGUUUGGUUGGGUGCUGAGAGAAAUGGGCUACGACACUAUCACCUUGGGCUCCAGAGUUUUCAGCAAUACCAUCAACGACUUUCCAGCAACUGAAUCUCAUCUCAUUAACAUGGUCACCAUUGAGGGACAGGCUUAUUUAGCAGAUGUAAGCUAUGGGGUUUCCUCUCAAACAUGGGAGCCCCUGGAGCUCGUCUCUGGGAAAGACCAACCUCAGGUAGCGGGUGUCUUUCGCCUCAUAGAGAGGGGGGACAUGUGGGUGCUGGAGAAGACCGGUAGAAAGCCUGAGGUUCUCAAUCCUGACUUUGCCAAAUCAAGUCUGGUGAACAGGAGAGAAACAUCUCCAAUCUACGACUUCACCCUGGUGCCACGAGAAAUCGCUCAUUUCAUUAAGAUGAACAACGAUCUCCAGACAGACCCCACUUCACCCUUGACCAAUAAGUCCAUCUGCUCUUUGCAAACCCCGACAGGAUUCAGAGCCCUGAUUGGCUGGACGUACAGUGAAGUCACCUACAAACCUGAGAAAGGUGUCGACAUCUUUGACAUGAGAGACAUAACAGAUGAUGAGAUGGAAUCAUUUCUGAAGGAAAAGUUCAACAUAAAACUGCAGAACAGACUGCAAGCUGUUAAUAAAAAGGCAGACCUCACAAUCUGAAAUAAACACAUGUGAUAUGUACAUGAAGAAUAAAUAAACUGUAUUGAA